GCUACAGACAAACCCCCAGAGUGUCAAUUCCGUGAUGGUUCCCUCCAAGUUGCCAGGGAUGACAUACACCGCUGACGAGCAAUGUCAGAUUCUCUUUGGGCCAUUGGCUUCCUUUUGUCAAGAGAUGCAGGGUUAUGGUGCAAGGUAGAGGGUGAGAAAGAAUGCAGAACGAAGCUAGAUCCACCAAUGGAUGGAACUGAUUGUGACGCUGGUAAGUGGUGUAAGGCUGGAGAAUGUACCAGCAGGACCUCAGCACCUGGACAUGUGGCCGGAGAGUGGAGCGAGUGGAGCCCCUGUAGCCGAACCUGCGGUUCUGGGAUCAGCAGUCGGGAGCGCAAAUGUCCUGGGCUAGGUUCUGAAGCAAGGGAUUGUAAUGGUCCCAGAAAACAAUACAGAAUAUGUGAGAAUCCACCUUGUCCUGCAGGUUUGCCUGGAUUCAGAGACUGGCAAUGUCAGGCCUAUAGUGUUAGAACUUCAUACCCAAAGCAUGUUCUUCAGUGGCAAGCUGUCAUGGAUGAAGAAAAACCAUGUGCCUUGUUUUGCUCUCCUGUUGGGAAAGAAGAGCCUAUUCUUCUGUCAGAAAAAGUGAUGGAUGGAACUUCUUGUGGAUAUCAGGGAUUAGAUGUCUGUGCAAAUGGCAGGUGUCAGAAAGUUGGCUGCGAUGGUUUAUUAGGGUCCCUUGCCAGGGAAGAUCACUGCGGCGUAUGCAACGGCAAUGGAAAAUCAUGCAAAAUUAUUAAAGGGGAUUUUAAUCAUACUAGAGGAGCAGGUUAUGUAGAAGUGCUGGUGAUACCUGCUGGAGCAAGAAGAAUCAAAGUUGUGGAGGAAAAGCCGGCACAUAGCUAUUUAGCUCUACGAGACACUGGAAAACAGUCUAUUAAUAGUGACUGGAAGAUCGAACACUCGGGAGCUUUCAACUUAGCAGGCACUACUGUCCAUUAUGUAAGACGAGGCCUCUGGGAGAAGAUCUCUGCUAAAGGUCCUACUACAUCACCUUUACACCUCCUGGUGCUGCUAUUUCAGGACCAGAAUUACGGCCUUCACUAUGAAUAUACUAUCCCAUCAGACCCUCUUCCAGAGAAUCAGAGCUCAAAAGCGCCUGAACCCCUUUUCAUGUGGACGCACACAGGCUGGGAAGAUUGUGAUGCCACGUGUGGAGGAGGAGAAAGGAAGACAACAGUGUCUUGCACAAAAAUCAUGAACAAAAACAUCAGCAUCGUGGACAACAAGAAGUGCAAAUACUUAAGCAAGCCUGAACCACAGAUCCGCAAGUGCCAUGAGCAGCCAUGCCAAACAAGAUGGAUGAUGACAGAAUGGACCCCCUGUUCACGAACUUGUGGAAAAGGGAUGCAGAGCAGACAAGUGGCUUGUACCCAACAACUGAGCAAUGGGACUCUGACCAGAGCCCGGGAGAGGGACUGCGCCGGGCCCAAGCCUGCCUCUGCCCAGCGCUGUGAGGGCCAGGACUGCAUGACCGUGUGGGAGGCAGGAGUGUGGUCUGAGGUACACUGCACACCCCCGCCCCUUCCCAUGUCCUUGCUCUCCUCUGACUCUCAGCUUGUGUGA